GAACGACUAGCUGGGCUUCCACAGAAGCCCGUCGCACGCAAAGGCAUUUCAUUUUCAGGAGGGGAUUCUUCGCCUUUGCAACUUUUACCAACCACAUAUAGUAACAAGCUCCCAACAUGAAUGUAAUUGCCGUCUUUGUGCCACUUUUCUGCAUGUUUACAUCAGGGGAGGCGAUAACAUGCAUUGUGUGCAGUGACAUCACGACUACAAACAACGCAGCCUUAAACCUGACUGUUCUCCCACCAGCGACGUGUGGGAAACCACAGGAGUCAAAUUGUACUUCCGGUGUCAAAGGUUGCAUGACCGUGGAAUAUAAAAUCACCCUGAUGCACAAAACUGAAGGCAAAAUCGUCCUGACAAGCAUUGAGCGAGGAUGCGCUCCCCCUAACCACAAUCACUUGAUCCCAGACGGGAACGCAUGUCUCAACGAAACUUCAACGGCCAUAUUUGCGUCACUUAUGUAUGAUCCGGCCACCGCACUUCCCCCUAAUCUUGGGGCGACCUAUGAUAGUCAUCAACUAAGCUUGUGCGUGUGCGACAGCGAAGAUCUGUGUACACCACCCGAACCAACCAGUCCCACGAAUCAAACGGUUCCAAGCGCCGAACCGACUCCAGACAUGGCACAUACGAUAACUACUGUUGCAUCCGAUGACACCACGUUGCCCGACUCACAUGGCUGUGAUGAAGACGGAGAUUCGGCAGCAAAAGUGCUUGUCGCAAGUUCCGUACUCGUUGUUGGUUCUCUUCUUAACGUCUUGCUAUCGAUAUAACACCAAUGCAUCGAUUGAUGUUACUUAUAUGGCACGUUUUAAAUACCGCUACGUCUACGUCCCACAGUCGGAAGCGACUCCGGAUCGACAAAAAAUAUUACAUUACCUCCAAUGCCAUAUAUAUCGGUUAGGGUGGAGUCAGAGUACGUGAUGUGACUGUGACGUCAGACCCGUGACUAGUAACGCUUGAUGACGUCCCACUUUGCAGAUGACUUUUGCCGAAAAUAAAAUGAUGCUUAAUUAUAUUAAAAAACAAGAGUAAUUGGUUGAUGACGGUUGGUGGGUGAAAUGGGAUAUUAUUAUAUUUAUUGACUGGUCUAAUUGGUUUUGUUUAGCUAUGUAUAAUAAUAAUAAUGAUAAUAGUAAUAAUAUAGGUAUAUUUACCCAGGGAAGCCACUUCAGUUUCGAAAACUGUUCUACCAGCGGGCCCUGCUAUUAUAUAGUAUACAGUGUGUGUAAAAAGGUAGUCCAAUUUUUGAGGGAUUACAUUCAGGAAUAAUUCAGAUUUACCAAAUAAUGAAAGAGAAAGUUCUUAUAUUUAUAUUGCGACCCCAAACUUGUUUUCCUUUCACCACUUGUGACUAAAAUUAUUGAUUUAAAGAAAUCAAUUACGAAUUGUAUUAUAACUUGUAUAUAUAUUUUUUUUCAAACUUUUGGUAAGUUCGCUGAGAUUAAAUAUUCAAAGAUGCAUCAGCCGAGGGAUUUUGGGUUUUAUUGACAUGAUUAAUCGGAAUAGCUCUACUUUAGUUUUUACAAUGAUCAACUUCCCUUCACUUCAGCCAUUUCAACAGAAUUUGGAAUAAACAUCUGUAAUUAUCGUCAGUAAUAUUUUUUUAAAGUUAUGCAUGAUGUCCGUGAUACAAGUUGGGUAUCAAUAGAACAACGAGGAUUUGCUCUUUCUGGUUAUUUUGAAUCUAGAUUCUGAACCGACGAAUCGGUCUGGAGUCGUUUUGAUAUGAUUGACUGUCAUAUAUUGUAUAAUUUGAUUGUGUGUGUGUGUAUAUUACUAUUGGAAAUACUGGAUUCUGUCAGGACGGGAGGGGAUGGUACAGUAUUAAGAAGUCCAGUUUAGAAUUGGCAGUGUCUAUAUUAUUCUGUUCUAAUGGGAAGCAGGAAAAUUCAGAAAUAUUUUUUGCAAUAGCUUUAUAAAUUGAUUUGGUUAGUGACCUCUAUUAAAGAUCACCGUUAAAAAAAUGAUUAAUCAAAAUCGAACUUUAAAUUGAAUCAUUUUUUUCUGAAAGGUUUAAAUCUAAUUCCUGUGUUCAGCCGGUCACUGGACACAGCUUGUGUUGAUUUAUUUCUAAACUAUGUAAUGUGUAAUUGAGAGUAUAUUCAAAUUGUAUAUUACAGUGACUCUAUAUGUAUAGUCUAAAUUUUUUAUAGAAAAUUAAUUAAGCUGCAUUAUUUACAACUAUACGGAUGGAGGUCUUAUCAAUUUAUGUAUUGCCAACGUGUACCUACUUCAUUUAAGAUAUUAGCCCCUUUGUUAAUAAUCUUAAAUAAAAAUAAUUUUAUAAUUUUCAGUAAGAAUUCGCGCAGACAUACUUUAAUGUCAGGUGCUGAAUCAUUACUUUAGUGGCCCAAACAUGGAAUGGUUUGUGUGCAGUUACUUUAUGAAAUGGCUAUUGGAUUUGAUUCGAUCAUUUCCUCUGAAUUUGUUGUUCGUUAUUCUUUCUCUAUCACGAUGGAAUAGCUUUGCUUACCACAUUUCUUUACAUGUUGUCUUUGUAUAACUGCUUACCAACCAGUAUUCAUCAGAACACAUUAUUUUUAUUAUUAUUUUUGUUGUUAUUUAUUCGGCAUUUCAAAAUAAAUGAAUUAUACAAUGAAAAUUACAUAAACAAUGGGAUAUACGUGACAUAUUACGAAAGACCUGGAAUAGAGAUGAAGGGGCUUCCUGCGUUUGGAAAAGGUUAACUAAAUUACCAUGACCCACAGGUCUUCCUUCCCACACCCCUUUACCUCCAUCCAGGUCAGUAUAAGAAUAUAAAA